UUUCAAUCUGGAAGUGUCAUGGUCGUCGCUACUCGAGUCGUCGCUACCAUUGUCGGGGCGCUGCUACUAGCGCUUGCCACUCCCUUGGCUGCCGUGGACUCUUCCGCAUCUCCGUCCAACGCGGCCAAGUCCAAGACCUGCAAAUGCAACCGGUCCUUCAACGAUCGACCCCACGCGCGCGACGUCAACGUCCCGCUCAACCAAGGCCGUCACCCUGCACAUUUGCCUGUCGCGUUGGACUGGUGCGAGCGCGGAUUCUGCACUUCUUCGUGGAACCAGCAUAUUCCCCAGUACUGUGGAUCGUGUUUUGCCCACGGCAGUCUGUCGAGCGCGAACGACCGCAUCAAGAUCAUGAACCACAAACUCUAUGGAUACCACGGCCCCGACGUCAUGCUAGGCCGCCAAAGCUUCCUCAAUUGUGCGCCAGGACACGGCCUUUCCCAAGGGUGUAUGGGUGGCGAGCCCGCCGACGUGUACGAGUUCAUGCGUGUGUACGGGUUGCCCGACGAAACGUGUCUGCCAUACAACGCCACCGACUAUUCCAAGUACCUCAACACGUCGAAUGGAACGUGUCCUCCUGAGGGGUACUGCAUCAACUGCAUGUACACCCCCGAGAGUCCCGACGUGGCGACAUGCUUUCCCGUGACCAAUGUCGUGCGAUACCGCGCGACAACGUACGGGCGCAUCGUCGGUGAGGACGCCAUGUUGGAGGAACUUCAGCGCGGCCCGAUCACGUGCGGCAUCGCAUGCAGCCCCGAGUUUGACUGGAACUACACGGCGGGCAUCUUCUGGGACAAGACCAACUACUCGGACGUGGAUCACGACGUCGAGGUUGUCGGGUACGGCGAAGCGGAUGGCGUCAAGUAUUGGCAUGUUCGCAACUCGUGGGGGUCGUACUGGGGUGAGAACGGCUUCUUCAGGAUCGUCCGGGGUGUCAACAACCUGAUGAUCGAAAGCGACUGCCAUUACGUCAACGUGGACGUUGGUGACGAAACGUUGGUGUGGGAAACCAAGAAUCACGAUGGAACGAGGACUGGCGGACCGGCAUACGGCGGGUCCAUCUAUGGCAUCAAGCCGUACACGAACGCGUCAUACGGUCCCCAUGAUCGUAAAGUGACCAACUCGACCACAGACGGCACGGUGCUGGACAACACCACGUUGAUUAGCCACGAACGCAAUCAGGCGGACGAGGCGAAGGAUGACGGGAAGGCCGAUGGCAUGGAGGACGACGUUGAUGAUGAUGAUGGUGUGAUCCAAAAGCCAAUGGACGCACCCACGCAAGAAGCCGAGGCCGUGCACUUGGCGGGGAAGUAUGAGAAUCAAGACGUGCAUUGGAGUGUGAAUGUGGUCGGUGUGGUCGGCGUCGGCGUGGUGGCUGCCGUGGUCGGCGCCGCUGUUGCCACCAAGCGCCGUCAAGCCAAGUACAUGUCCCUUGCUUAGCAUAGACUACCAGUAGUAGAUGACAUAGACGCAUGCUAACGAUACCAAGUACAUAUGAACCGUAACACAAAUGAUACACUUGAAAGCGCACAGGUUUGGCUGAUACUGUAAUACUAAUGUAUCAACCAACCCAUGUGUGUUCCCUGCAGUUUGGAGUGAUGUGUCGGGCAUCGUAGUGUCUGUGGUGUCGUCUGUCUGGUUGACUUGCCUCAUGAUCAUUGCCGUGGUCACCCCAUACCUGGUGAAUGCAUGCUCUCCAUCAGCAGCAACCUUGUUCUUGGUUCGGUAGGCCAUUAUUGCUCGAUUCCCACGGAGGCCAGUACCUUCCACCCGUCCAGGACCGCCAUGACUUCUCUCUCCCUCUCAUGAGCUAGGAAGUUGCUUCUGAGAGACAUGGACGCUUGGAGCUCCGUGCCGUUAGCUGAUCCCAUGGCGCC